AGAAGUGAUGCUAUGUCUGAGCUGAGUGUGGAUGUAGAAUAUUCGUCAGUGGGUUGCAACCGGACCCCUCACUGCCUCGACUGGAACAGUAACGGACUGGUGGCAUACGGGGCUGACAAGUCCAUAGCUUUAGCCAGAGAAACCAGAGAUGGCUGUGGACCCGAUGAGGUGGUUGCUAUGCUACACGGCCAUAGUAACAGGGUCAACUGUGUGCAGUGGGUGGUCCCCCGCUCUGGGCAUGCUCAAUACACAACGGAGGAUCGAGCGUCAGUGGAGAUAGCCUCGGGCAGUGUGGACAACAGUGUCAUUGUCUGGAGGAAAGAAGAGGCUGACACAGUGACGUUUACGUUUGGUCAGGUGCUCUCGGGUCACUCUGGAGCAGUCACUUGUCUCAGUGCUAUCGCCUUGUUCUCUGAUGGGGAUGACCCUGUUAUCAACACACUGAUUGCUUCCGGAUCUGCUGACUCAACGGUUUGCAUAUGGGAGAGACCUGAUCCCAAAGCUCGAUUCUCUUUGCGUCAAACUCUCUCGUUUGGUCGUGGGUUUGUGAUAGGUCUGGAUUUCCAUGAGCUGCCAGGGGUCAAAGGUCAACCCCUAUUGGUGUGUGGAGGAGACGAUACUAAAGUACAUCUGUUCACCAGAAACGAAAAUGGCCAAUUUACCCGAGUGAUGAGUUUGUCAGGCCACGAGGACUGGAUAAGAGAUGUCUCCCUCACACAGGAAGAUGGUGGUGAUCUGUUGCUGGCCUCAUGCUCACAAGAUGCUUACAUUCGUCUCUGGAGGAUUACCAUGGAAACAGCGGAGACACCGGCCACUUCAGAUGAGCUCAAAUUGACGAGCAACUUGUUCAGUAUUAGCCAAGGACCCAAGUUUAGAGUCACCAUGGAAUCGGUACUUAUAGGACAUGAGGAUUGGGUGUACAGUCUCCAAUGGCAACCCCUUCAAUUGACACCUGUAAUGGCACAGCCCCUCUGCCUUUUGAGUGUAUCUAUGGACAAGACGAUGUUGCUAUGGAAACCUGAUCCUAGCUCAGGCAUGUGGAUGGAACACGUUCGUGUUGGAGAUGUGGGGGGUAACACGUUGGGUCUCUACGGAGGUCGAUUUUCACCUCAGGGGGUCAUGAUUAUCGGACAUGGUUACCAGGGGGCUUUCCAUUUAUGGAAGAACACUUCAGUACAAACUGACCCAACAGAGGAGACCAACCAAUCAGAGAGGUGGAUUCCGUUGCCGACAGUGGGAGGUCAUUUUGACAGCGUACAGGACAUUUCGUGGGACCCCAAAGGAGGCGAAUUUCUCGUCUCCGUGAGUACAGACCAGACAUCACGACUACACGCCCCCUGGAGGAGGGGAAUUCCCCCUGGUGGGGAGGUGUGUAAUGACGAAAAGAUGAAGUGGAGGGAGAUUGCACGACCACAAAUCCACGGUUAUGACAUGCAGUGCGUUGCUAUGGUGGACUCGCUCAUGUAUGUGUCUGGAGCCGACGAGAAGGUACUUCGAGUGUUUGGAGCUCCUCUAAACUUCCUUGGUAACCUCCACCGUAUUGCAGGAGUGGAUCUUUCUACGGCAACUGGUGAUCUACCGAUGGGCGCCAGCGUACCUAGCCUGGGGCUGUCUAACAAGGCCGUCUUUGGUCAGGAUUCAGGAAAAUCGGCCGCUAAACAGCCAGCUGGAGUAAAGAGUGCCUUUGGAGACGAUAUUCCAGUUUUCAAUCCUAUUGAUUUGCAAGAGCCACCAGUGGAGGCCCAUCUCUUGCAAAACACUCUCUGGCCGGAGACUCACAAACUGUACGGCCAUGGUUACGAGGUGUACUGUGUUGCCAGCUGCCCUAGUGGCGAGUACAUCGCCUCAGCUUGUAAGGCAUCGAAACUGGAGCAUGCUGCGAUACGUGUAUGGAGUACAUCGUCAUGGCGACAAGUGGCGACCCUCACUCUUCACACCCUCACAGUCACACAGCUGUCCUUCUCGCACUCGGGGCAACACCUCCUCGCUGUGUCACGUGACAGGGGAUGGUCACUAUGGAAACUAAACCCUAUCGACGGUGGUUUGGAGGUCGUUCUGGAGGCUCGUACUGACAAGAAUGUACGCAGUCACUCUCGUAUCAUCUGGGCAUGCAGCUGGUCGGCUGAUGAUUCGUGCUUUGUAACCGCCUCCAGGGAUAAGAAGGUAAUCGUGUGGAGCCGUGAUGGUUGUGUGGAAGGUGUGGAGUGUGGGGGCAGGUGGAGGAUGGGAGGCCCCCCUCUAGAGUGUACCGCAGCCGUCACUGCCGUGGACUUUGCACCAAUCAAAACCACUGAUGAAAGGUUUAUCUUAGCCGUUGGACUGGAGGACGGAUGUAUCUCACUCCACACUUGCCCCACACCCUCACAAACUUUGUCACCGAGUAACUUCUGGUCAGUACUGCUCACUCUAAGCCCCGUCCAUUGCCACACCUCUACUGUGAAGAGACUCAAGUGGCGACCACCACCAACAUUUGAAACCAAAGAACCAUCCUUCAAAGUGGCCCAAACAAAAAAUGCUGAGACAUUGACAGAUAUUAACAGACUGUAUCUAGCCUCUUGUAGUACUGAUCAUUGUGUCAAGAUAUAUUCUUUAAAUCUCUAAUCAAUCACUCUUUCUUUUAAUA